AUGUUGGGCUCUCUUUCCCUUCUGUGGCUGGCGGCCAUGACCACCUCCUUGGUUUCCCAAGCUCAGAUCUUGACCCCAGAAGACUACCAGGAAGGGGAAGAGGAUGAUGUGACAGUAACUACACCUUCCUUAGCUGUCCCUUGCGACUAUGACCGUUGCCGUCACCUGCAGGUGUCCUGCCAAGAGCUGCAGAAGGUUGGGCCAGUAGCCUGCCUGUGCCCAGGGCUCUCCAGGGAAGACCAACAGCCAGAGCCUCCUCGCCUGGGAGAAGUGCAAAUAGUGGCUGAAGAAAGCUACGCAGUGGUUCACUGGUGUGCUCCCUUCUCUCCAGUCAGCCACUACCGGCUUCUGCUUUGGGAAAGCAACGGGGCCCCACAGAUGAGUGCCCCUCUCAAUGCUACAGUUCGAAGAGCAGAGCUGAAAGGACUGAAGUCUGGGGUUGCUUAUGUCUUUUGUGUGGUGGCUACUAAUGACGCCGGUGAGAGCAAUGUUCCUGGGGCAGAUGUUGAGGGUCCUGAGAGCUGGACUGGCCCUGACUUUGGGCCCUGUCGAAAGCUUAUCAUGCCACCUAAGCCUGUUACCCUGGUCCACGCAGCCGUGGGAGUAGGCACAGUCUUAGCUCUACUGAGCUGUGCAGCCCUGGUCUGGCAUUUCUGCCUUCGUGAGCGGUGGGGUUGCCCCCGACAUCAAGGCAUUGCCCAAGCUUCAGAAGCUCUCUGA